AUGUCUGCUCUGGCUUCCACCCGCUUCAUCGUCAGCCGCGUGGCCUCGCAGCGCGUGUCGCAGCGCGUGGCGCGCUGCCAGGUGCGCCCGAUGGCGGCGAUGGUCCUGAAGGAGCCGCCGUACGCGCUGGACGCGCUGGAGCCGCACAUGUCGAAGGACACACUCGAGUUCCACUGGGGCAAGCACCACCGCGCCUACGUCGACAACGGGAACAAGCAGAUCGCCGGGACGGACCUCGAGAACAAGUCGCUCGAGGAGAUCGUGCUCGCGUCGUGGAACAACGGGUCGCCCACGCCCGUGUUCAACAACGCCGCCCAGGUCUGGAACCACACGUUCUUCUGGGAGUCGAUGAAGCCCAACGGCGGCGGGAAGCCCUCGGGCGCGCUCGCGUCGGCCAUCGACGCGUCGUUCGGCUCGUUCGACGAGUUCGUGACGCAGUUCAAGGCUGCGGGCGCGACGCAGUUCGGCUCCGGCUGGGCCUGGCUGGUCGUGAACAAGGACAAGAAGCUCGAGGUCGUCAAGACGCCGAACGCGGAGAACCCCGUGUGCUCGGGCCUGACGCCCAUCCUGACGAUGGACGUCUGGGAGCACGCCUACUACUUGGACCAGCAGAACAAGCGCCCGGCGUACAUGGACACGUUCGUGGACAAGCUGAUCAACUGGGACGCCGUCGCCGCGCGCUACGACGCCGCCAUGUCGGCGUAA